AUGGCCGCCUCGGAUAACGACCAGUAUGGCUUCCACGACGAUGCGGCCGCCGGAGACGACCAGUCCGUCCUGUCUACGCGUGGCAUAGAGGCCUUUGGGCGCAAGGUCACCACGACGGCGAGCCAUUUGAUGGGGCCCCUUUCCGAGCAAGGGAACAACAAUCACCACCAUUACCAUGGCGCCCUGGCCGAAGUCCACAAGCAGCUGCGCCGCCCGACCAUCCAGCGCAGCAUGUUUUCCAUGGCCAAGACGACGCCCACGGACAUGGUCCGCUCCAAGCUGUCCACCACCGAGAUCCAGCACCGCGCCGUGACCUACUUGCCCGACGAGUUGCUGGCCAACAUCCCCGAGGGCGACAAUUCCUACUCUCUUUUCCAGGGCUUCAAGGCGAGCUUCCCCGACCUGACCGAAGAAGGUAGGAAGCAUCGACGGCGGGUAUCGAGAGGCAGGAAGCUACUGGAAGACACCGAACACAGUCCUGGUACGCCUCAGGCGCUUCACAACCUUAAGAAAGACAAGGCCUCGAUGAUGCACGAGCUGGAAAUGCUGGGCGUUCGCAAAAGCAUGGCAAGCAGCGAGAUCCGCGAUAUCGACAACAAGAUCGCCAAUCUGCACGGCAUGCGACGCAUCAUUCUUGACAGACUCGCAAAUCUUGAGCAGGACGAAACUUUGCUGGAACACGACCUUAUGGACGUUGAAACGCGGCUGGAAGAGGCGCAGGACCUCGUCGACGAAGCCGAAUCGAUCGCGAUAAACACACCCACCAAGACCGAGGAAGACCUGGCCGGCGACCAGGACGAAGCGGGAUUCAUGUCACAAUCCGUUUACGAAAAACUGCCAUCAGCGGCUGGCACGCCAGCGUCGAAGCCGAAAAAGAGAGUGGUCCGCCGGAAAUCAAUGCCGAUAUUGCACGAGCAUUUUGAGGCAGGCACCGCCAUCAGGGAGAUUCGCGCGCAUCAAGACACAAUCACGGCUCUCGAUUUCGACGCACCUUUCGGAACCAUGGUUACUUCGGCCAUGGAUGAUUCAAUCAGAGUAUGGGAUCUUAAUGCUGGGCGGUGUAUUGGCUUGCUCGAUGGGCACACGGCGUCGGUCCGCGCGCUGCAGGUGGACGACAACUUCCUCGCCACAGGAGGCAUGGAUGCCACGAUCCGACUCUGGGAUUUGAGCAAGGCGCACUACGACCCCCACGGAAGCCAGUACGGCAGAGACGAAGACGAGGACGGUAUCGCAUUCGAGAACCCCGAUGAUGGCCCUGUCGAGCCUCCCGAAGGAAGCAUGAGAGACUGUCACCUUUACACCCUGUCGUCCCAUGUCGACGAAAUCACGGCCCUACAUUUCAGAAACGACACGCUUGUCUCGGGCUCCGCUGACAAGACGCUGCGGCAGUGGGAUCUCGAAAAGGGUCGCUGCGUCCAGACUCUGGAUGUCAUGUGGGCGGCGGCCCAGGCUUCUGCAUCUCUGGGCAGCGAGAGCUCCUGGAGGCAGACGAACCGAGCGCCUUCACAGCCGGCCGACUUUAUUGGAGCUCUCCAGGUCUUCGAGACAGCUCUGGCUUGCGGUACCGCCGACGGCAUGGUCCGCCUGUGGGACUUGCGAAGCGGCCAGGUUCAUCGAAGCCUGGUGGGACACACAGGACCCGUGACGUGCCUACAGUUCGACGACGUUCAUCUCGUGACUGGAAGCAUGGACAGAAGUAUUAGAAUCUGGGAUCUCCGUACAGGAUCUAUCUAUGAUGCCUACGCGUACGACAGCGCCAUCACUAGCAUGAUGUUUGAUGAGCGGAGGAUUGUCAGCGCUGCUGGCGAGGAUGUGGUGAAGGUGUACGAUAAGGUAGAGGGCCGCCAGUGGGACUGCGGCGCGGGCAUUUCCGAGGCCGAGGAGGGUAAGACGCCCGCCGUGGUUGAGCGUGUACGUGUACGGGACGGCUACCUCGUCGAGGGACGACAGGACGGCAUUGUAGGAGUAUGGACAUGUUAG